AUGCCGUCGCUCCUCAAGACCAAUCUUGGACUGCAGCAGCACCGGUACAUGAGGAGCAUGCGCAUGCCAGAUGUCAACGCUCUUGUUGCCACUACAGCGGAUAGCCGAGAUUCAGAGCACUCCCUGGUGACGCUGCUGCCGUCCCCACAAGAUGCAGUCACCAUUACAAUCAACACAUGCGCUUGGCUCUGGGGUGCUGAAACGCCGUCCGGCAGUGUCUUUAGGCCGGAUGAUGCCAUCCAGCUCCUAGACCUGGCCAAGAUUUCAAAGGGCAGCCCGAUUCAGGUUGCAAAGAUGCUACUUUUAUUUGCGCUGUACAUGCAGCAGCUUCCGGAUGACUUUGAUGAAUCCUUGCUCGGGUUCGAGGACAUGAGUCGGACGAUCGACUUGAUCGUGGAAAGAUCCAAAGCCUACAUCAUGACGCAUGAGGACGAGGCCUGCUCUACGAAUGGCAUAGAAUCUUUGCUCGUUCUGGCCACCAUCUAUCUGAACAGCGGCGACAUGAGGAAGACUUGGUCAACUUUUCGAAGAACGGUUGACAUGGCUAGGCUUGCCGGCAUCCACCAGAGUUACUCCGCCGUCAGGCGCGACGCGCAGAGCGACGAGAAUGGGCUCCUGCGGCGCUUGUGGCUCUCGGCUUCUUGCGGGGACUCGUACUACAGCCUUCUCCUAGGCCAGGCACCCGCUACAGGGCCCGAGACGUUUGGCGCUGGUCACGAGGUCUGGACUGAUCCUGUCGCAGAGAAGGAGGCCAACGUCCAGCGAGUUCUCUGCGCCGUCAUGGCGAGACUAGCGGAAAGAAACGCACAAGGCCGUCAUCAUGAUGAGGGUGUGACCAGAAAACUCGAAGAUCGUCUUGAUACGAUAUACAGCAGCUUGCCAAGCACUUGGUGGGAUACGCCCAAGUUUGCCCCAGGGCGAUGUCUCGACUCCGCGCAGGAGCCUACCCGCCUGUUGUGCCAGAUAUGGUAUUUUACGAUGCAAAUGUUCAUUCAUCUACCCCUGGCUUUCGCGCUUCCUCAAGAGACGGCCUGCUACGACCUGAAGGCGUGCCGAAACGCAAGCAGAAACACCCUCAGCCGGCACGUCGGGGCGCAGCACGCAAAAGAGCAGCUCUCCCGUUGCAGAGGCGGCGAGCAAGCGGCCUUUAUGUCGGCAGUGGUCCUUCUGAUGUGCAUCGUUCAACGUCGAACCCAGUCUAUGCACGGACCGCCCGAGAGGACAGAAAAGCCAUGGGUCAUGUCGUUUGAGCUAGACAGGAUUUUGAUUCAACAGACUAUCGCUUCUUUUGAGGCACGUGGGAAAGGUGGGCGUCGAGAGCCCAUUUCGAAGCAAUGUACGACUAUUCUCACGACGAUGCGCGAGUUUGCCUUCAGAGAGGACUUGAUGGAAGCCUCCAUGGAGGAUGCUAUUGGCAAGCACAACGUGGAGAGGCUCGAGAUGGAAAAGCUCAUUGACUCUGCUAUCCGACCUUGUCUCCGCUGCGCAAGCCCAGCUGGACGACUACUGGAUCUUACUUUCGGCACUGAUACGAGAACCGAGGCACCAUCAGAGUAA